CUCACCAUGAUCAUCAUGCAACCCAAGGUGGAUAUCAAUAACCACAGAUUAUAAUAUGAAACCAUUGAACUAAAAGAUAACUUAUCUUACCAACUCACCUAGUUAAUAUGUUUGCUAAUAGUCAACAGCAGCAGCUCUAUCCAUAGUCUAUGAUAUCUAAGCUGUGUUAUAACCGUGAGUUUAUAUAUAUUAUCUCUAAUAAUAUUUAUGAAAAUUUGUGAUCAAAGAUCAUUGAUAAAAAUGCGGAAUCGCAAAUAACAAUGUUGAGUAUUUACAAAUAAAUUUAGUUUUAACGUUUAAUGGUUUCUUAUGUAGUGUACACGAUUUAAGGUACAUUAGUAUAUCUUUAAUCGUGAUUUUUUAUUAAAUUAAUAAAAAUGGACUGUGAUGUAAGUAAAACUGUAAAAUGUUGUAUUCAAUUAAAACAUAUUAGUACAUUAGAAAUUUAAAUAAAUAACUCAGGUAUUGAAAUUAUUUUGCCUUUUUACACAUUAUAAAUAUUCCAUUAUAAAAACAUUUUUAAAUCUUAAAAUAAUUUUUGACAUAUUAUAGUAAAUGUUAUAAGAAACAACAUUACUUACCUACGUUGAAAAUAAUUGAUGCAUAAUAUGUAUUAAUGUUUAAAAAAGUAUCGGUAUAAUUUUUUACCGAUGAUAUGGCAAAACCUCUCCACAGUUCUCUAUCUUGAAUAUAUUUUUUCUUUUUUUAGUUGGAUUCCAGUUGAUCACCACCUUUAUUUUUUCUGUAUUUUGUCUAAACCGUGUACAAUUUUUGGUGCUGCUUGGACAUGUGGUUUAUAUAUUAUGUAAUUGUUAUAAUAUUUGUGUAUUAGCAAAAAAAAAAAAAAUAAAUAAUUGGAACAAAUUUAAAAAAUAUUAGUAUUGCUUGUAUAAUAUUUGUAUUAUUAAGAAUACUAAGGAAAACUAAGAAAUUAAAUUUUAAUAAGUUUAUAUUUUAUUAUAUCUACAAUUAACUUAAUUUUAAAUUGUAAUAAUAAAUUUGAUUAAACUUAUUAUAUUUUUAUCUGAAUAAUUUUAUAUUCUGAGCAGAGCGAGGAAUGUAUUGGUUUUACAAUGAUGUUUGUUUAUACAUAUAUUUUUUUUUUCUGUGAACAACUUUUCUACCAUAAAUGUUGCUCAGAUUUUCAAGUGUAGCACCUUAUCUGAAAGGAAAUUUGACUAGGGUGAUACUUUAGGAGUCAUUUUCUCAAGUUUCCAUAGUAAAAAUCAUAAAUACUUUGGCCUUUCAAAACAUGUAUAUCCAAACUUCUCACCUAAAACAAUGACCCACCCAUCGUGCAAAGUACUUAUGUUUGUUUGUUUUUAAUUUAUUUGUCUUUAUAAAAUAUAGAUGGAAACAAUAAAAGAUUCUUCAUUACAUGAAGCAAUAAAUUUGUUGGAACCCAUACAAAAUAUAUCGUCGUAUCAUUGGAAACUCUUAAAACUUAAAGGACGAUUGGACACAAUAACAGAGCGCAUGACAAAAAGAAAAAGUGGAACAUUAGAACCAUACACUACCUAUAUGGAUGAAGAUUCUACUGAUAAAAUUGAUAAAUUUUUGUUGAUGAGUGGGGUAAAACAAAUGGAAUCAGAUGAUGAUCUGUGAUGAUUAAAUAAAAUAAUAUAAAGAAAAAUAUAUAAGAUCUUUUAUUUUAUAGUUUUUAAAUAGUGCAAUAUAUGUAUAUAUCAUACAAAUGUACAAGUUUUUCAAUAUCAUUAAUUAUUUAAAGCAGGCUUAAUCACUACUCGUCAAUUUCUAUCACUUUUUCUUGGCAUAUUUUAUCAACUAUUUUAUUAAAUUCUUCAAAUUGAUCAGCAAAAACAUGAUGUCCAGCAUUAGGAAUUGUCUAUGCACAAAAAUUAAUAUUCAGUUUUGAUUUAUGAAAAUUACAUUUAUAAUACUUCAAUAUUUACUUCAAUAUGUACAAAAGAAUUUGCCCUUUCUUUUUUAACAAUUUCACCAACACUUUUAUCCAUCCAAGUAUUUUUUCCAUAAAUGAAUGUAAUAGGCACUCUUUUAUCUAAAUACUCUAAACGUUUAAUCAUUGGAUUUUUGGCCCAACCAAAUCCAGUAACUAGUGAAAUAAAAGCACUUUCACCUCUAAAAUAAAUUU